UCUCCUCAGCUGCCGAUACACACUUUUUUUCCUUUCCAAUCUGCAAGAAGCCUUAAAAUAAUAGCAUUACUGUACUUCCCUAAGUCUGGAUUUCUCUACCCCAAAGCAGCUCGGGGAGACUCCGUCACCAAGUGCCACAAGCAGCUCUGCGAACCAGCGCUCAACCUCCGCCUGUUGGAGACUAGUAAAGGCAGAUGGCCCAAAAGAUAACUGCUAGCUCUGCGUAGAGAGAAGCUAGACACCUUGGGGUCCCAGGAUACCCCGAAUCCCCCGCGAGGCAGGCCCCUGCGCCCCGCAGCCGGGCUGUCAGCAGAGACAGGAACCGGGGCUCGGCUGCGGCUGCAACGUUUCCUGUUUUACAGAGCAAGAAAAAGAGUGAGAGCAGCAAAAUGAGGUGGUUGGCGUGAAGAUGACAGUUGGAGCGUGUUCGUGCCUGAUAACCCCUGGCUCCUCCACUGCGCUCACAGGGUAGGACGGGACCCCUCGGGCCAGGGCAGAGGACCCCAGAGCAAAAGAGGGGGCGUCUCACCAGUAGAUCUGCACCCAACAUGAUCAGCCAGCCUGAGAAGGCACGGCUGCAGCACAGGCGCCUGAGCGAGAGCUACGAUGAGAAGUGCGAGCGGCGGCAUGAGUUGCGGGAGACCCUGCGACGGCGAAACAAUGUGACAACCUGCCGGCGCCUCGGGAGGGGAGUGGAGGAGCCGUUGCAGAGUCCUCGGGAAAAGGAAUUCCUGAGAAGGAGAAACCUGGCAAGCGAUGCUGGAAAGACACUGCUGGGACGUGAGCCUAAAGCAUGCAUCCCGCUGGACCCCUCCUCACAGGUGGAGUCAAGACCACCCGACCUGCUCCAGCACCCAUGGAGCUGCCCCACGUUCCUUCCUGCACACCCCCCGCUCAGCCUCAGUGUCCCCCUCGGCAUUUCGGCAGAAGCUGUCCCCAGGCAAGGUGCCUCCAUGAACACCCAAGGAACCCAGACCCUUACAAACCCAGGCGCAGGAGUGAAAGACUCAAGCCAGCAGACAGAUUGUGGAAUAGCAGUUUUAAAUAAGGAAAUCGUGCAGCUGUCCAACUACCUGAAGGAGGCCCUGCACCGUGAGCUGCUGCUCAAGCAGAAGAUGGUAAUUUUGCAGGAGCUUUUCUCCACGCUGCUGCAAGCAUCAGAAAAAUCCUGGCAGGGUCAGCUGAAUGAAGAUAAACUAAAGUGUAAACUAAGGGCGCUUGAAAAUCAGCUGCAGGCUUGCACCCAGAGUUACUCAAAGGAGUGUGUGAAGAAGAUCCUGAUAGAGAUGGAGGACCAGAAGCAGACCUACGAGCAGAAGGCAAAAGAGGCUCUUCAGAAGAUGCUGGAGGACAAACUCCAAACAGAGCAGCAGCUGCAAAACUCUCAGAGAAGCCUGGCAGCGACGAGAGAGGACCUUGCCUUCUGGAAGGAGCACUACACUACGCUCAAAGCCGAAAUGACCAAGGCGCACACCGAGCUGGAAAACAGCUUCCACGUUUUGCAAAGCGAACUGCAGCGAGCGGCCACGCAGAAGGAGCAGCUCCAGCAAGCUCUGCGCAGCCUGCAGAGUGAGCACACCACGCUCCGUCAGCAAGCCAGCACCCUGCGGGAGGACAACCACCUCAAGGCCGAGCACAUCAGCACCAUCGAAGAUAAAUUGCAAAAAGAACAAAAUCAGAAGGUAAUGCUAGAGGCAACAAUCAGCCACUUGCACGACUUGAUAGAGAACCAGAGGAAGGAACAGAAGACCCUGGAGGCUGCGGUGCAAAGGCAAGACCAGGUUUUCACCACGCAGACCCCACCUCUCACUCCUGCCAAGGAAAAAACAGACACUCUAUUAGAGCAGCCAGAGGAGGAGGGAGAAGAAAAUCUGACGGAUGAGAUGCAGAAAAGGACAUCCCAACUUACAGCAAAGGAGAACGAGGUACAUACGGACAUACAGGUAGCAGAAGCGAAAAUCCCCUGUCGCUGCAGCACCCAUGCGCAGGCGAAGCGCUGCAGCUGCUGCGGGAGUCCCGCCAGUCUCGGUGUGUACAAAAGCGAGGGGAUCCCUCCUGCUAACGGACCCUUGCUGUGCUUGCAGUGCGCAGAGCUGCGCUCCGAGCUGGAGGCCCUGAGCGAGGAGUACCGCUCCUGCCUGACCAGGCUGCGCCAGUGCCGGGAUGAGCUCAACCGCUUCCAGAGCAAGCAGGGAAAGAGACAGCACGGUCACUGGAUCCCUCUCCUGGUGGCAAUGAUAGCAAUGGCUAUAGCCACCUUCCUCGCAAGUUACAGACCAUGAAGUACCUUCUCAAUGACUGACUUCACUGCAGGAACUGACUUGUGCUUCACCAACAGAAACGUGCUCUCGCUGCAGCGCACACUCUGCUGUUUUGUAGUUACAUGUUUGGUUCAUGUCCUGACCUGGUCUCACUCCAGACAAACCCCUGCGGCUCCAAUAAAAGCUGGGAGAUCACCCCUUC